AAAAAUGUUCAGUAACAAAGACUUCAAAGAGACUCCUUACUCUAAGCGGGAUAAAGAGGAAAACAAGGAAUUUGCGAACCUGUUCUCCCUAGGGAGUUCUGAAAAAGAUGAGGAUUAUUACCCAGAAAUUGAUAAAAACAGCGAAGUUAGCGAUAUAAUUCUAGAAGAAUCCAAUACCUUUAAAGGUGAGAAAGCUCCAAAAAUAGCUAAAUAAAGAAAUACUUGACCUCUACAUGGAUAAUAUUGAUAACAACAUUUCCUUUGAAACAGAAGGGAUGUAUCAAAAGGGAACAAAAGUUCGUGGAAAUCUUAAGAAAGGACAAAUUUCAUCUAAACCUCAAACCAGAUCUAGAAAGGAAGGUGACAAAUCAAAUAUGAGAAAGAGGGAAAUCAAGAACUUGAAGAAGAUCUUUGCUGAGAAUGGAGCUCCCUCUUCUCCGCAGAGAAGGUCUGGAAAGCAUCAUUCGAAAAAGGAUCGCAAAACCCGUAAAAGAAGUAGACAUUAUAAAAGGGAGCAAGAAGAACUUGAUAUUGAUCCAGCCUCCGGACAAGAAAGCGGCUCAGAAUCUCAACAAGACCUUGAGUCUGAUGAAGAAUCUGAGAUAGAAGAGCACAAGGAUCAGCAUAAGGGGAGCGGAAAGGGUUAUCAAAGAAAAGCUAAUUUUAAAUAUAAUCGACCUGCUCCAUCUCAACAUGGUUUAAACAUGAACAAUAUUAGUGACGGAAUUGGGGAAGGUAAUCCAAUGAUGUAUUCAGGAAUGCCUAAGUAUUAUGACAGAAUGAUUCCUCCUUAUAAUCCUUAUCAGAUCCCAGGACAGCCAGGGUACUAUCCCCAAGGAAUAACAAAUCCUUUAUCCCAAAUAGAAAAUUCACCAUAUGUACAUCCUAUGGCUCCUCAUAUGAUGGAUCCUUCAAUGAUGGUACCUCGGCAGCCUUCGAGAGGAGCUUCUACUGCAAAAAGCGAGGAUUACUAUCGUGAUCUACGCUGGCAUUACCAGACUUCUUUCUUCCCAUUCUCAAACGAGUUGCUAAAAGAAUUGGUUGGUCAGAUAGAUAUGUAUGUUCAGAUCUUAAUCCAGACCCUUCUAAGUACUAAAGAUAAAAGCCAUCAGUAUCAGCUCUAUGAGCUGCUUUACCUCUUCACUAAACAAAAGGAAGAAAUCAUGAAGCAGCUUAAGCUGCUUCCAAAAUUUGAAAUUCCUUGGAUCAACCCAGAAAAGAAUGCGGGAAAAGGAUCAGGAGAGCCCCUAAAGAUCCAUCCGCAGGUAUCUUUCUACCAGAGCCCUCUACUUGAGUAUGCUUACAAAAUCGUCAAAAAGAUUGGGAAGAUAAAUAACAUUGAUGAGUUGAACAACUAUCUUUUGCAGUACAAGCCAUUGAUUAACCCCUUGCUAUUGCCUGAAAAAUGUGAAGAUACUCAACAGAAGAACAGAAGGAAGUUCUCUCCUCUUGAUGACAAGUUCCUUCUUCAAGGCCUGAAGGAGUACUGUUACAAAGAUGUCAGUAAAAUCCAGAAAUACUGGUUGCCUGAGAAAACAGAGAGUGAGAUUAAGCAUCGAUACAAGAAUAGCACAUGUGCAAAAGCUGAAAAAUAACAUUAUUAAAGACUGGAAAAACACUAGUAAACAACCCCUCACUGAUGGAGAGAGGGCUAAACUUGAUGAAGCUGUUGCAUGGUUUGGAGAUAAGAACAGAUGGGCUCUAAUCAACAAAUGCUAUUUCCCAGAAAGAUCUAAACAAUUCUUGAUGAAUACAUAUUUUAAUGCGGAUAAAAAGACCAAACCUGCUAAAGCACAAGAGCCAAGUAAGGAGAAGAGCUAAGUUAUCUUACAAACUCUUCUAGUCUGGUAGAGAAGGC